AUGCAACAUGAAAAAGCAAAUAUAAUUGAGUGCUCCGGAGUCUACAGCACAAACUGCAAGGACUGUGAACAAAAAUAUAUCGGAGAGACGGGAAGGACAAUGAGUACAAGGAUCGAAGAAAACCAGCGACUAUGCAGAAAAAUGGAUACGGAAAGAUCGGAGGCAGCCGAACACAUCGCCCUUAUCUGUCACACACUUGGCUGGGAUGCAACGGAAAGACUCGACUCGUACGGGGAAAACAUCAGGAAACGGAAAAUAAGAGAGGCUGUGGGCAUCCUCUCUCAAAGAAAUCUGAUGAACAGGAGAUUAGAAAUAGGAAGAGUCAACGAUAAUUUCGUGUACCGCCUGGGCAGAACUAGAGAUUCAGCGAAGACAUCAAAAAGAAGACGCUUGGAGUCACGACAACUGUUCAACAACAUGAAGUUACAUCGCCAAGGAACGACUCAUGAGGGACGAAGGGAAGUCGAGGAAAGGUGA